AUGAAGCUUCUUCCAAUCAUCUUCCUUGCCAUCUCGACAGGGGCCUUUGUUCUGCCCCAGAAUAUGUUCCAGCCAUUCCAGCCUUCAUUCGAUAGUAUUAAUAACGAGAUCGACCAACCCACUACUACGACUCUACCAAAAAGCUACCGCAAAUGCUACAAAUUAACACACAUCGACCGCGGCGAGAUCAAACGCUUCAUCCCUCGCGGCGGUCAAGGCGGAUUCUUCUGGGAACCACUCUUAUUCGACGAAGACACCCCUCCAAGGACAUUCCAAAUAUGCGGAGACUACAAAUCCGGCUGCCCAUCCCCCGAGGGCAACGUAACCAAUGGCGGGUCUUUCUGUCUCAACUGGCUCUCCAAAGAAUGGGGACCACUGGUGCUUAAGGCGUAUCGAGAUAAGUCUUGGUAUCUCUGGCCUAAUGAGAACAGCGAAAAUAAAGAUCCGCUGGUCCCGUUCAAAUUCCAGGCUGUAAAGGACGAAGGCGACAAGGAGUUUCUGCGUAUUCGGGGUAACAAUACGCAUGGACUCAAUGGGCUUGGUAUUAUCAAGGAAUAUAAUCAGAAUGCCCUUUGGAAUACGAAGGGGAAUGGGUUUAUGAAGUUUAGGUUUGAUGAAGUCGAAUGUAAGGGUGAUGCGACUCAAGAUUUGGAUGGUGAGGAGCAUGGGGAGUUGUGA